CUCGAACCAGUCGUUCUCUGGUCCAAUCGCCCACCAUGCCUGGCUCUUUGUCUCUUUUCUCCGUCAAUGCCGUUCUUCUCAUGUCGGCCGACGAUGGCUCGCGCAUCUUCGCCAAGUACUACUCCCCUCCUCACCCUCCAGCCGGCACUGCCCCCAACUCCACCGACUAUCCCGGAGCGAACCCCUAUCCCACCCUGAAGGAGCAGAAGGCUUUUGAGCAGGGUCUCCUCGAGAAGACGAACAAGCAGACCAGCGAUGUGAUUCUCUACGACAACCGGAUUGUGGUGUUCAAGAUGGAAAGCGACGUUAUGCUCUACGUGGUUGGAAGCGCCGGUGAGAACGAAGUCUUGCUCUACAAUGUCGUUCUGUCCUUGCGAGAUGCCCUCGGAAUCUUAUUCAAGGGCGCAACUGACAAGCGCACAAUUGUCGAGAACUACGACCUGGUCGCCCUCGCCAUCGACGAAAUUAUCGACGACGGUAUCAUUCUGGAGACGGAUCCCGUUCUGAUCGCCUCGCGCGUGAGUCGCGCUCCCGCCCCCGAUGCGCCCAACUUGAAGAGCAUCGAUUUGUCGGAACAAGGUCUGCUCAAUGCGUGGGAGCUGGGCAAGCGGCGUCUGGCGGAGGGUCUGCGGCAGAUGUAAGAAAGGGAAGAUAGGUGGUUAUUGGGGUGUUCUUAAAGGCAUGAGGACAUGGUUCUGUCUUCAUUUUUUUUAAAUGUGCUUGUUCAUGUUAUCUGGCUGGUCCUGGCGUUGAAUUGAUCCGCAUAAUACUUUUUUUUCAUGUUUCAUCUUUCAAAAGAGAUGUCAUUGCAGUUAUACCGGCAGUCCUCGAUCUGAGGAUUGGUUUUUCAUAGAUACUCCG